AUGAGCUCAUUAUAUCCCGAUGAGAGUUAUUGUACAAGUGAAAUAGGACGUAUUUUAUUUCAAUCUAAGUCGGAUUGGGCAUGUUCAGCAGCAAUUACAUCGUGUGAUAAUGAAAAAGGGAUAACGGGACAGUAUACCAUAUAUCAAGUUAAAAUCGAGUGCAAACCGGUAUCCGGAACUCUUGUAAAUUAUGGAGAAAGAACAUUUUUAUUAUCAACGAGAUUCAAAGAAAUGCAAAAAUUGCAUACUGCAUGCGCAAAACUUCAUAAACAGCUCUACUUACGAGGAAUUUUUCCCAGUUUUCCGGCUGCGAAAUUGAUCGGAUCAUUAGAACCCUCAGUAAUUCAUGAGCGGAAAUUGGCGAUUGAACAGCUUCUGAAUGUGAUUUUGGAAAGCGAGGUUUUACGAAAAACUCGAGUUCUUCAAGAGUUUGUUGAGAGAGCUCAAGAAAAAGUAACCGCUUCUCAUGAAGUAACUCCUGGAAUGAUUCACUACGAUCAAUCCAGGAGCAUCAUCGACACUCCAAUUACACCAGAAACAUCGGAUGCUCAAAUCUCGGACGAAUCUACUUCAGUUUCGAAUCAAGAAACAACGCGACAAGAAUUUGAAUUUCCCGAAGUAAGGAUAGAUCCUUCAAAUUCAACAUCGCACGAUUUUCUAAUUCGAGCAGGUCAACUUGUUUCAACUGCUCAAAGAGCUGAAGAAGAACAAGCCUAUGAGCUUGCAUUUCAAUGCUAUAAAAACGCAGCGAGUUGUUUGAUUCACGGAGCUCAGAACGAAAUGGACACGGCUCGUCGGAAUGCAAUUCGCAGAAAAUCAGCAAAAUACUUGGUUAAGGCCGAAACUUUGUAUCGUGAAUUUCUGAGCCUGGACGGAUCAGUGUUCAAUUUCGAAGGACUUGCUAUGCAGGACCCGAAUAUUAUUGCUUUUCAAUGUUCAAACAAAACGAUUAACAAUUACAAAAUAAUUGGAAUUCUACCGAGUGUGAGUUCCGAAAACCGAGUUAUACUUGUGGAAGAUCAAAAAGCGAAAAAGAAGUAUGUGAUGAAGCUUAUUGAAAAGGGAUCGCCGAGUGCUGAUAGCAGGAUAUUUCUGCCUACAAAUAUUCCACAUAUGGUUCAACUCAUUCAAUUUUUUGAACUUGAGUUUCAAAUUGUGGUUCUUUUGGAAUAUGUCGAAACCGGAAAGCUCUGGAACUUUUUGAAACGAUAUUUCGAUGAAGCCGAGACCAGAUAUUGUACGGGAUUAAUCGAUGCCAGUGGUAAUGAAAACGAAUCUUUUCAAAUUUCGGUUGCGGGCAUUGGUCAAGAAUCCGAAAAAGCUUAUAGAGGUAGAAGAUUACUAUUCACAGUUGGAGUUGAUUUUGAAAGAGUUGCUCAAAUGAGGGACGAGUCCCAUAGUAAUGAUCAACCAUUCGAAGAAGCUGUCAUUUGCACAAUGGGCGAAGAUGCCGCUGGAAUUGCAGAUGCUCCGUCCGGUGACUUUAGUAUUCACGAAAAACUAAAUGAAAGGAAUGAAGCUCAAGAAGAAGCAGUAGCUGAAAUUCAGCUGAAUAUUCGUAACGAAGCGAAUUAUGACUACCCAAUUCAAUUAGAAAAAGCGCUUCGUGUUGUUCGUCAUCAAUUAACCUUGAGGAAAAAGUCAUGGAAUCACUUGGAUUUGCCAGAAUGUCUUAUCAUCCAUUGGUCUGCGCAGAUUGUUUCUUUUUUCUAUGUUCUUCAUCAUGAGCAUGGAGAAUACAUUGGGGAUUUCAAUCCGGAUAAUAUAUUAAUCAAUACUGAUGGAAACUUAACAAUCAGUUAUAUUGGGAAAUGGUACAACACAACGAAGACACCGAGACUGUGCGAAGGAUAUUCAGCACCAGAAUGCGUGAAAUAUGGGUGGAAACCAAAUGAAAAAUCGGAUGUUUGGACCAUUGGCGCAAUAUUGUAUGAAAUGCUAACCGGACGAUCACUAGCGAAUGCUGCACCGCAUGGCCUGUUUCCAAACGACGAACUCCCGAUUCCGAAUGAUUCUCGAAUAUCAUACGCCGCUUCUCAUCUUCUAGAAAUAACCCUAAAACUUUCAUCAACGUCACGUGCCUCUCUGGAUGAUAUUCGAGUACAUCCAUUCUUCCAACAUAUCGAUUGGCUUCUUUAUGAUAAUCCAUCAUCUAUUUCACCACGUUGCGGUGAUAUUGUAUUAUAG